AUGGGACACAUCAUAGGCAUAAGAACAAUUACAGCUUGUGGACGUGUAUUGAUCGCUCUCAAUCGAUUUACAUCAGUGUACUCCCCACUACGCCAAGAGCAGAUAUGGACCACACCGAAAAUUCUUAUUCUCAUCCUCUCCUUAUGGUCACUAUCUGCUUUGAUUUCAACUGCCGCUGUCGUCGCGUAUGCUGACUCGAUCACAUUCAUUUGGAUAAAAAACAACAGCAUACUGCAGAUUGUUGUCGGGGAGUUUGGUAAUUACACCUCCCGCCAAAGCCUCGCUGUUAAUGCUGUCACAGUCACUAUUAGCAUAAUCUCGUAUACCUACUGCCAUGUAAAGAUCAAAAAGCUAGAACAACGACAAGCGCACGUUGAAGGAAGACUACUUUUAUGUGCGUUGGCUUCCACUAUCCCUAGUCUUGGUGAGGUGCUUCGCUCAAUGACCACACUACUUACUGAAGACCAGAAUAUAUAUGUUUUGAUCGCAGAGAUUUGGUUCUAUGAGACAGAAAUAACAAUGACUCUUCCUCUAUGGGUACAAUUGAUAGUUAACGAAAACAUACGCGAGCGAAUGAUUCGAAGAGUCCGUGAAGGGCACUACUCCAACACAGCUUUAUCAAACGCCAAAACUUGUUUUUAA